GACUCGAUUUAAACAUGUUCUUUUUUUAAGUCUCCGUGUCGGUUUAUAUGUUUGUGAGACAGUGAGGAAGUUAAACGUUUGAAAAAAGUUACAUUUGAAAAAUGGUUUCGCAAUUUUGUUGUCCUCUAUACCAUACAUAAAGAAGAGCCAACCAAAUAAUUUUUAAUUAAAUUGGUGGAAAAUUCGAACGACAUAAAUAGUAAUUUAUAGUCACUGCAUUCGAUGAUAUUUUGUUAAUUGUUCAAUGAUGAAUUAUUGAAAUGAAGGUGCCGUUGAGUGUGAUGUGUGCAGAAUAACUGAAAAUAAAUUGGAAAUACCCACAACAAAAGAGAUAAAUCGAAUUAAAAUUUAUCAGUAUGCUGGCAUAUUGAUGAAAAUAUAAAUUCGCUGCAACAAUUGGAUUUAAAAAAAAGGACAUCAAAUAAAUAGUGUGAUUGGGAUAUAAAACUACGUAAAACAUUUAAAUUGUAGCGAAAAAUCAGAUUAGCGUAAAGUCCUCAUCGCAAUUUAUUUGUUUUAUUGUUCAAAAGGAUUUUAUUUGUGCGUUUUGUUCAGCUCGGAGUGGCAAUAUAAUGAGACGAAUGAGUGUUGAUGUAAUUGUUGUUGAAAAGUUUUAAUGGAAAGUGACUCGUUAAACACGAAAUGCCAUGGAUUCAAAAGCGACAUUACUUGUUCCACCGAAUGUGAAGAAUGUCAGCUGUUCCCAUCCACGAUACACGGGUUCACUGAUUUACUACAUUGGACCGUUGGACGCAAUACAAGCUUUGUUAAUUUUAAUGCUGACGGUUGGCAUAAUCGGCGCAAAUUUGCUCGUGAUAUUUGUAAUAAAUCAUCGGCGAUAUUCACCCUACAUUCAUCCGCAGCCACGAUACCUAUUAACAUCGCUAAGCCUAAACGAUUUGGCUAUUGGACUGUUAAUCACCCCAUUCGGAGUUUUACCUGCCUUGUUUCAUUGCUGGCCUUAUGGUGAAAUAUACUGUCAAAUACAGGCGCUUUUGCGUGGAGCAUUAUCUCAACAAAGUGCUGUGAUACUAGUUUGUAUGGCAGUCGAUAGAUAUAUGUGUGCAAUGCAUCCGGACAAAUAUCAUCAACAUUCAAGUAAAAAGGGUUGCGUUGCCAUUCUAAGUGUGACAUGGACAUUAUGCUUAACAAUGUUUGGGUUGCUUGUGCUACCAAAAGGUUAUUAUUUUAAUAAUACGGGACUGCUCGUUUGUGAACCGUUUUACAGCAAACCGUCACACCGAAUAUUAGCUACUUGUUCUCUAUAUUUUCCAACUACAAUGAUACUCAUGUACUGUUACGGCUCCAGUUUUCAUGCGAGCAGUUUUCGACUUGUAGCAACACCGCCAGCAGUUACAGCAGUGACGACACCUUCAUCAACAAGUGAAAAGUCCUUAUUUCAGGUUGUUUCAUUAGAACGUAGAUUGAAUGGAUCAGCAUCUCGAACUAUGGCGGCAAUGUCUUUAGGUUACAUUGUAAUGGUGACUCCGUGGGCUAUACAAGAAAUUGUCGCUGCUUGCACAAACUCUAAGGUUCCACCAUUUUUAGAUUUUAUUGUUACAUGGACUGCAAUUAGUAAUAGUUUCUGGAAUCCAUUCAUUUACUGGCUUUUAAAUGCUCAUUUUAGACGAUUAGGAAAAGAAUUGUUCAUUAACAAAUGCUUCGCUCCGGACGAUGAACCAACAACAUCAAAAUCCCGUUGCUGCAGCGUCAGUUCCGAAUGCGAUCCGAACAUGCUGCCGAUGCCGCCAGGACCACCAUCAUCCAAACCACCCCGACCCGACCUAGAAGGACUAUCUGAAAAGUAUUGGGGCGAAAUACUAGAACGAACAGUCAGCUCAAACAGUUUGCAUGCGUUGCAACGUGUGUACGGCUAUAAAGCGCACAACAGCAGCAUACUCGAAAUGAAUGGUCUAACUAGUCCCGACAUUGCCGGCAGAGGUAAUGCUUUAUCGAAUUUUUCCAAUUCAGAGCCAAGACUAUGCGAACAUUAUCACGACAUAAAUUGUGCGAAAACAAAAGCUUUUUUGAACGGUCAGCAAUCGAUUGAAGGCCUACCGGAAAUUGGAUGGCGAAGGGGGAAUGACUAAAUGUGUUGUAGUUAAGCUGUUGUAUUGUGAUAUUUUUUAGCGAUGCAGUAAUUUUAUUCUGGAGCAAAGUUCCAUUUAGUAUAUCAAAGAAUAUAUAAGUUUCGUACGCACUACGGCAAGCUGUAAUUAAUAAUACAACAAAAUGAAAUAAAACGUAACAAAACUUAGAAAAACAAAACAAGGAAUUUAGUUGGUCGAAAUUUUAAAUUAGUUAAAUUAGUUAAAUUGUUUCUUCAACUUUUAAUCCAAUAAUCAAAUUAGCAUCAUCUCACAUUGUUUGCCUGUUUUGUAAAAACACCCUGGGUGUUAUUUUAACAGAGUGAUCAUUUAGUGGUCGUAAUAUGUACAUAAUCACAACAAUCAUUAUGUAGUUAGCCCAAUAUGUUUCCGAUUUAAUUUAAAGUAAACUGCUGAUGCAAAGUGUUUCGUCAUGUUUAGCUAGAUUUUUACCUCUACUUGAUAAUAAAAAUGUCGAAAAAACCAACUUUUUGAUCGCCUGAUUAACUACAGAAGUGAGGACCGGAUGAUUCCCUAUAUUUUUAACUCUGUCAAAUUCACAUCGUCGUAAUGAAUCGUUAAUAUUUAAAGGCAGUGCUCGAAGCAGUGUAUAUUGCAGUGGCUGUAAUAAUAUUACAGUGUAAUAUGUAAAACAGUGAUGUCAGCAAAUAUGAGAAUCACAACUGAUAACGUAGAGGUAUUCUUUUGAAAAACGACCUGCCGAAAUCGGACCCAUUUUCCAGUGGACUUUUUUUUUUAUAUAUACCUCAAUAGGUAUUGGUCCCUAGAAGCCAAAAAUAUUUUUUUGAAAACUGAUCGAUGCUUGUUCGGAUAGUGAGAGUUGAUCGAAAACCGAAAACAUGCACUUUUCAUCUGGAAAUUUCUCCGGCUACACGGAACGUCAAGGUCGUGUGAGGUGUCAUUAGAAAGGUAAUUGCAUGUACUUUCGUCGAUCAUGGAAGGUAAAAUGCAACCCUGAGGAGUUACGAGCAGUUGAAAGUAUGGGUAAAAGUUUGACUAUUUCGGCGAACUUCUGAUUGUUCUUGUGCAUUCGAAAACAUCAAAAAACUGUUUUCCAUAAUUUCUACUGGUCUUAGGUUUCUAAUGACACCAAACAUGCAUGGGUAGUGUAUCGAUGAAUGUGGCUUUGAAGUAUAAAUUUGAGGUUUUGUUCCGCUACUC